AAUAUAUAGUGUUACUUUCCGGAUUUGGCGCUUUAUUUUCUUUUAAUCCACUCCACGCAUAGUUUAUAACAAUAUCCUGUACUAAACAGUUGUAUCACGUUGUCAAAAUUCUUUCCAUGAACAUUUCUCAUUUGUUAAUGACUUGAAGUAACCAGUCUAAGCCUGCUUCUAUGAAUCUGAGGUAAAGUUACAGUGAAAGAAGUUUCUUUCUGCUGACAUUUGCAGCAACAUUUUCCUUUUCACUGCUUGGAAUUUUUAUAAGAUGAUUCUGUUUUCUAAUGGAGUUUGGAUUACCAAGGAGCUUGCUGCACCAUCUUCAAAUAUUAACUGAGAAAAACAGUUAAUGGAAGAAUAAAAGAAAUACGUAAAGGAUAUAAUAUAAAAACUUCAAGAAGCAAAAACAUGAUAACAAACGAAUUGGGUGAGGAGACUGUUGGGUGUAAAUCACAGGCUAAAAAAACAGGUGCUAUUAAUGAGAUACUAACUGAAAGUAGUACACCACCAAACUACUGUGAUAUCUGUGGUAAGUCAUUCUCUCGAAAAGGUAACCUUGAUAAACACAAACAUAUUCAUACAGGAGAGAAACCAUAUCGGUGUGAUAUCUGUGGAAAAGCAUUCUCUGUGGCAUGUGACGUCAGUAGACACAGACGUAUUCAUACAGGAGAAAAGGCAUAUCACUGUGAUGUCUGUGGCAAAUCAUUCACUAACAAGUGGAGCUUAAUUAAUCACAAACGUGGACAUUCAGGAGAAAAACCAUAUUGUUGUGCUAUCUGUGGAAAAUCAUUCUCUCAAAGUUCUAAUUUAGCUAGCCAUAAAUUUAUUCACUCAGGUAAAAAACCACAUCAGUGUGAUAUCUGUGGUAAGUCAUUCUAUAAAAAAGACCAUGUAACUAUACACAAGCGGGUUCAUACAGGCGAGAAACCGUUUGACUGUGAUAUCUGUGGUAAAUCAUUUUCUAAUAGUAGUAACUUGACCAAACACAAGCACCUGCAUGCAGCAGAGAAACCAUUUCACUGUGAUACCUGUGGUAAAUCAUUCUCUGAAAAUAAAGAAUUAACUACUCACAAACAUAUUCAUAGAGAAGAAAAACCAUUUGAAUGUGAAAUCUGUGGUAAAGAAUUCACUGAAAAAGAUACUUUCAUCACUCACAAAUUUAGUCAUACAAUAGAAAAACAAUAUCAGUGUGAUAUCUGUGGUAGUUCAUUCCCGCAAAGGAGUAAGCUCACUAAACACCAGCUUAUUCAUAGAGGAAAAAGACGAUAUCAUUGUGAUAUCUGUGGUAAGUCAUUUUCUCAAAGUGGUGCCUUAACCAUUCAUAAACGUGUUCAUACAGGAGAGAAACCUUAUCACUGUGAUAUAUGCGGUAAGUCCUACUCUCAAAAUGAAGGAUUAAUUUGUCACAAGCGUAUUCAUACAGGUGAAAGACCCUAUCAGUGUGAUGUAUGUGAUAAAUCCUUCUUGCAGAGUUGUACCUUAAAGUUUCACAAAUACAUUCAUACAGGAGAGAGACCAUAUCAGUGUGAUAUCUGUGGUCAAUCAUUCGCUCAUUCAAACACCUUAACUACACAUAAACGUACUCACACAGGAGAGAAACCACAUUGCUGUGUUAUCUGUGGUAAAUGUUUCGCUCGUAGUAGUAGUCUAACUGUUCAUAAACGUACUCACACAGGAGAGAAGCCACAUCGCUGUGUUAUCUGCGGUAAAUCAUUCUCUGAAAGUAGAGACUUAACUUCUCAUAAACGUAUUCAUACAGGUGAGAAGCCAUUUUCCUGUAAUAUCUGUGAUAAAUCAUUCUCUCAUAGAUGCGCAUUUGCUCGACACAAACGUUCUCAUACGGGAGAAAAGCCAUAUAACUGUGAUGUCUGUGGUAAUUCGUUCUCUCAGUGUAGUCAAUUAACAGUACACAGACGUCUUCAUACAGGAGAGAAGCCAUAUCGAUGUAAUAUCUGUGGUAAAUCAUUCAAUCGGAGAAAUGCCUUGACUGCCCACAAACGUAUUCAUACGGGAGAGAAACCAUACAACUGUGAUGUCUGUGGUAAAUCAUUCUCUCAUAAAACUUCGUUAACUAUACACAAGCAUAUUCAUACAGGAGAGAAACCACAUCAAUGUAAUAUCUGUGGCAAAUCAUUUUCCGAGAAGCGUGAAUUAACUAGACACAAACGUAUUCAUACAGGAGAAAAGCCAUAUCACUGCAACAUCUGUGGUAAUUCAUUCUCUUGUACUAGCCACUUAUCUAGGCACAAACGCACUCAUACAGGAGAGAGGCCACAUCAUUGUGAUACAUGUAAUAAAUCAUUCACUCGAAAAUAUACCUUAACUACCCACGCUUGUAUUAAUGUAAAAGUAUAACUGUAUCUUGUUGUACUUGGGGACGGUCAUAUUGCCAGUUUAGCCAGUAAAAACACAUGCACUGUAUAUUUGGUGUUAAUUUGCUUCAACUUUAUAUUACAUUAUAUUACAUUAAUCCUAUUUCGGCCAGAGUUCUUUCGUCACACUUCUGUGACCUCAUCAGUGGUCCUUUGCUUUCUUCUUUCUUAUGUGUGUCUCACCUUGCUAACUAUCAGCCGUUUGGUAUCCAUAUCAAUAUUCAGACCAUAGAUACAACCCACAGUAUGUGCAGUACAUGUUUGUCGUGCAAGAUAUCCUUAUAGUGACUGGGGUAAUCUAACAGUUUUGUCAAGAUUGGACCAAAUGCACCCCACAUGAGAAUGUAUUAAUAGCAUUCCUUUAUGUUGGAUAAGUGCACCAUGUACAUUACAUUUUGUCUUUGGUUCGGUCCCACAAGAGUUUUAAAAACAACAGUGUGUGUGGUUAUGAACUUCACAACCAAUAUAUUGUUAUCUGGACCGUAACCCACACCACCAUUCUGUUCUACCAUCUUGCGCUUUGUGGAUGCUGAUAUUAUAAAAUUCAAUAAAGCUGAUUUCUUCAAUGAUUAAUUUUAGAUGUAACAUAGUCUUUGCAGUAUUUGAAAUGACCGAAACAUGAACUGUAGAAGUCAAAGACUUGAUCAAUGUAUGAUUAAAGGUUGCACAUUUCUUCAAACUGAUCUUCAUUUAACUUUUAUCUCUUUUACUUAUUUCAGUCAUUUGACUGCGGCCAUGCUGGAGCACCGCCUUUAGUCGAGCAUAUCGACCCCGGGACUUAUUCUUUGUAAGCCUAGUACUUAUUCUAUUGGUCUCUUUCACUGAACCGCUAAGUGACGGGGGCAUAAACACACCAGCAUCGAUUAUCAAGUUAUGAUAGGGGGACAAACACACACAUAUAUAUAUAUAUAUAUAUAUAUAUACAUAUAUAUGACGGGCUUCUUUUAGUUUCCGUCUACCAAAUCCACUCACAAGGCUUUGGUCGGCCCGAGGCUAUAGUAGAAGACACUUGCCCAAGAUGCCACGCAGUGGGACUGAACCAGGAACCAUGUGGUUGGUAAGCAAGCUACUUACCAUACAACCACUCCUGCGCCUAACUGUUUAACUUUUUUCAUUCUAAUCCACCUGAGAUCACACCUACUUCUAACAAUACUUACUUCCUCAUUUAAAGUGUUCAGUGUUAGUCUUCCAUCAAAAUUUCAUAUAAGUUUAUAUACGAAACACCAGUUUAAUAAUUACUAAGUUAUUUUACUAAAAAGAAAUUGGAAGACAGGUAGGUGUAUCAGGUAAGGAUUGAAACCAGCUUGCCAAUCAAGAGGAAGAGGAAUCUUAAUAAUGAUUGGGAGAAAGACAGGUAGGUGUAUCAGGUAAGGAUUGGAACCAGCUUGUCAGUUGAGAGGAAGAGGAGUCUUUAUAGUAAAUGGUUGGGAGAAAGACAGGUAGGUGUAUUAGGAAAGGAUUGGAACCAGCUUGCCAAUCAAGAGGAAGAGGAAUCUUAAUAAUGGUUGGGAGAAAGACAGGUAGGUGUAUCAGGUAAGGAUUGGAACCAGCUUGUCAGUUGAGAGGAAGAGGAGUCUUUAUAGUAAAUGGUUGGGAGAAAGACAGUUAGGUGUAUCAGGUAAGGAUUGGACACAGCUUGCCAGUUGAGAGGAAGAGCAAUCAUUAUAGUUGAUGGUUGGGUAGGUGUAUCCAGUGUGGAUUGGACACAGCUUACUAAGAAGAGGAACCACAUUGUAGCAAAUGGUUGAAACAUGAUGAGUGAACAUUUGAUAAUCACAGACAGAGUGGUCUUGCUGUUCUGACUCGGCUGUGUUAGCAAUUCUCUUAAUACAAGUUAAACCAGUGUCUUGUAAAAGGUUAGCAACUGAUCAGUAUUUUCUGGCUAAGAAAACAUAAAUCUGUGGGUUCUUGUAAUUAUGUGUAGUUUGACAUCAAAAAUCAUCAGAAAUUGUUCACAGGAAUAGUUAGGAAUGACAUUAGUAAGCACAAGGAAAACAGAUCACAAAAUGUAAACAGAUUAUUUAUAGGCGCAGGAGUGGCUGUGGUAAGUAGCUUGCUUACUAACCACAUAGUUCCGGGUUCAGUCCCACUGUGUGGCAUCUUGGGCAAAUGUCUUCUACUAUAGCCUCGGGCCAACCAAAGCCUUGUGAGUGGAUUUGGUAGACGGAAACUGAAAGAAGCCCGUCGUAUAUAUAUAUAUAUAUGUGUGUGUGUCUGUUUGUCCCCCUAGCAUUGCUUGACAAACGAUGCUGGUGUGUUUAUGUCCCUGUCACUUAGUGGUUCGGCAAAAGAGACCGAUAGAAUAAGUACUAGGUUUACAAAGAAUAAGUCCCGGGGUCUAUUUGCUCGACUAAAAGGCGGUGCUCCAGCAUGGCCGCAGUCAAAUGACUGAAACGAGUAAAAGAGAUUCAACUAUGAAAAGUGAGAGAAUCAUGGUUGUCCAUGUGACUCACAAAUCAUAGAUUUGUGAGUCUGAAAUUAUUCCAGAAGAGUAGAAGUAUAGAGGGAUUAUACAACAUGUGAAUAUAACAAGAUGGAUCUGCUCUCAAUACCAUGGAAGGUACACUGUCAGAUAUUCCCAAGUCACAAUCAUGAUGAAAUGGUAAAAAUGAUGUGCAGAACAAAGCUUCAUCUAAUGGUGCAAUAUAAUGAAGUAUGUGUUAUUUACAAUCAGUUUCAUAAACUUUGGUACAAUCUGUAGUGUAGUCAGAAUCUAGGAUUUUCCUCCCACUCCCUGCAUUUUCUUUACCAUUUAUUUUUUUUCCCCCGUAUUUUCAAUGAAUAUGAGCUCCAAACUAGUUGUAAACAAUUAGCUUUGUAGAAAAAGUGGGGUUGGAAAGAUCAUUGUAGUUUCGCAUUUGGUGAAGGGGUUGGAUUGCAAGCAAAGUUUCUUGAUUAUUGGAAUAGAGUAAACCAGUAAACAUUGUUUUGCUGUGUUGAACUGGUCAGAAGUGUGACAGAGUGACACUGAUUUUUCUCAUUCAAACAGUUUUCGAACCUGGCUUGGUUAUUUACAGCAAUUCUUGGGCUGCCUACAGGAAUCUAAACAGUUUAAGGUAUAAACAAUUUACUAUAAAUCAUUCUGAACAUUUCGUUGUCAGCACACAAAACACUGAACGAUUUCGGUGAGAUUUGAAUGAGUGGAUUAGAUGUUUGGUUAGAAUAUCUAUACCAGUACCUGGCCAGAUAUUUAUUGAACAUUUCAGUUAAAAAUAACAACAACAAAAUCUGCUACACCAAUUUUUAUUGAGGCAGCCAACUUAUAUCUCCAUCUACCCCACUUGCAGAUCAGUAAAGUACUACAAAUCCGGAUACCGAAUAUACACAAGUCUGCGGUUUGUUAGGAGGUUAGAUUAGUUGAUACCACAAGAAAAUGAAAAACGGAAAAAGUUCAUCUUUUCUUUUGGAAAACACAUUUAAAGUAGGAAUGGUACAUUUUUUUGUUUUUUAAACACAUUCACAAGUAGGUGAACUGCUCAUUAUUUUACGGAUAUAUAUAUAUAUACAAAUUAAUGCCUAGUCCCCGGGCGCUAAUUCAUAUAAUUGUAAUAUACGAUAAUUUAGAAAAUAGAGAAGUUUUCAGAAUUUCAUUGAUUUUUUUUUUUAAUCUGUUUUAAGUCUAAAUUUUCAGAAAUAACGUUUUGUUGUUUGUGUAACAGCUUCUAUACAGAAAUUAAAUCCAUUUCGUUUU